CGCGAACAAGAGGAGUAUCUAACGGGACAUGCUGCCAGAUUAAUCUAUUACAUUUCUGACUGCUGGUGUGACAGUGUGAGGCGUCACCAUGCCUCUGGUGAAGAGGAACAUCGACCCGCGCCACCUGUGCCGGGGGGCGUUGCCAGAGGGCGUAGGCAGUGAACUGGAGUGUGUGAUGAACAACACCCUCUCCUCCAUCAUCCGCCAGCUCAGCAGCCUGAGUAAACAUGCGGAGGACAUCUUCGGAGAGCUGUUCAACGAGGCCAACACGUUCUACCUGAGAGCCAAUUCCCUGCAGGACCGCAUCGACCGCCUGGCCGUCAAGGUCACCCAGCUGGACUCCACCGUGGAGGAAGUCUCUCUGCAGGACAUCAACAUGAAGAAGGCGUUUAAGAGCAGUACCGCCCAGGACCAGCAGGUGGUAUCCACGAGGAGCGUUCCCAUCCCUGUCAAGGAGAUGUACAACCUGAGUAACAAACCUCCACCUCUCAACAUCCUCUCCAAAUAUAGGGAUGACCACAAGGAGGGGCUGAAGUUCUACACUGACCCCUCCUACUUCUUCGACCUGUGGAGAGAGAAGAUGCUGCGGGACACAGAGGACAAGAGGAAGGAGAAGAGGAAGAACAAAGAGCAGAAGCGUUGUGUGGACGGGACGUUGCAGAGGGAGGUGAAGAAAGUGCGUAAGGCUCGGAACCGUCGUCAGGAGUGGAAUAUGUUGGCCCUGGAUAAGGAGCUGAGGCCUGACCACCACCACACACACUCGCUCCACCGGGGGGCCACCUGCGAGGGAUCACUGUCCCCUGAGAUGAGGGGUCUUGGGCCUGACCACCACCAACGCCACUACUCUCACUCAACCAAUCAUGCUGGUCACGCCCACACGUACUCCGGCCCGCCUCCCAGUCUCCUGGCUGCUCAGCUGGCUGCUCAGGGAAACGCCACUCUGGACCAUGCCUACAGGGGAUACAACCUGGGUCGCCCCCACAAUGCUCCGCCCCCUCUCCCUCCCAUUGAGAACAUGAAUGGAUCCAUAUCUCUACGACCUGUGGACUACAGUAUGGAGGGAUAUGGAAACGGCUCCCCUCCUCCUGCUCCUCUCAUGCCAUCUGCACAGUCUGCCUUUGCCACGCCCCCCGGAGGCCCACUUCCUCUUCCAGGUCUAAUGGGAUCAGCUGGUGUCUAUGCCCUGCCCCCACCGCCAAUUGCUGGGUUGCUGGUGGCUCCAACUCCCCCAAUGCCUCCGCCCCCUCCUCCAGGCUCCUCCUACUCUACCACUCCCAAGAUGUCCUCCGUGCCGCACAAUGCCCAGCCUGUUAAUGAUGCUCGUAGUGAUCUGCUGGCUGCCAUACGCAUGGGUAUCCAGUUGAAGAAGGGUCAGGAGCAGCAGGAACAGCAGGCUAAGAGAGAGCCUGUAGGGAAUGACGUGGCCACCAUCCUCUCCAGACGCAUCGCUGUCGAGUACUCCGACUCCGAAGAUGACUCAGAGCUGGAAGAGAACGACUGGUCCGACUAACACACACAUCACUCACUCAAAAGCUGAAAAGCACAUACAUGUUCACAUCCACACAAAAACUAAGCCACUAGAUGGUUCACUGAGUGUACUAAACAUGAAUAACACAUUACUAAUAUCAAGAUGCACCCCCCUCCUCCUUUUGCCCUCAGAACAGCCUCAAUUCCUAGGAGCAUGGACUCUACAAGGUGUUGGAUGUCC